AUGGAGGCCUUUGGCCGCUCACUCCCCUUCUUACUCCUCCUCCUUCCUUCCCUCUUCCUUUCGGCUUCUUCUCUUUCCGACGCUGAGGCUGCCUCUAUCACCCGACGUCAACUCCUCACUUUCCACAACUCCGGCGACCUCUCCGAUGACUUUGAGUUCGAAUUUAAGGUGGAUUACAGGUUCAAGAACCCUCGUCUUCGGAGGGCGUACAUUGCCCUCCAAGCUUGGAAACAUGCCAUCCACUCCGAUCCUUCUAACUUCACCGGUAAUUGGGUUGGUUAUGAUGUUUGCUCAUACAAUGGCGUCUUUUGUUCCCCUGCAUUUGAUGAUGCUUCUCUCCAAGUUGUGGCCGGCAUUGAUCUCAAUGGUGCCGACAUCGCCGGAUUCAUCCCCGCAGAGCUCGGUCUCCUCACCGACAUCGCAAUUAUCCACCUCAACUCUAAUAGGUUUUGUGGUGUUCUUCCUAAGAGUUUCAAAAGGCUCACCCUCCUCCACGAGUUGGAUUUAAGCAACAAUAGGCUUGUCGGAAAGUUCCCCGACGUCCUCAUCGGGCUUCCCGGUCUUCACUAUCUUGAUCUCCGGUUUAAUGAGUUCGAAGGUGAACUCCCAUGGGAACUAUUCGACAAAGAUCUCGAUGCACUUUUCUUAAAUGAUAACAGAUUUGAAUCUCGUAUACCUGAUAACCUCGGCAACUCCACUGUCUCUGUCAUCGUCUUGGCUAAUAACAAGCUCGACGGCUGCAUUCCAAGCAGUAUCGGAAAUAUGGCAAGCACUCUAAAUGAGCUCGUCUUCUCGAAUAAUGGUUUAUCUGGUUGCUUACCGCCGGAGAUUGGUUCAUUGGCUAAUGUAACAGUUCUUGAUCUUGGGGAAAACAACUUCACGGGCGUGUUGCCAAGGAGUUUUGCCGGAAUGAAAACUGUGGAACAGUUGGAUCUUGCUCACAACAUGCUCACUGGUGUGAUGUCUGAGGAUAUCUGCAAGUUGCCACGCCUUAAUAAUUUAACAUUCUCUGAUAAUUAUUUCAAAGGUGAGGCCAUGGAGUGCUUGGCACUAGGAAGUGAAGUGGUUUUUGAUGAUAAGGGUAAUUGUCUUGCUGAGAGGUCUGGGCAAAAGGAUGUUAAGACUUGUGCUAAGGUGGUGAACCAACCUGUGGAUUGUGGCAAGUCUAAAUGUAGCUCAUCUCGAGCUAAAUCUCCUCCGGCCAAAUCACCACCACCACCAUCUCCGGUCAAAUCUUCUCCGCCACCUCCAGUUACUUCUCCACCACCACCACCCCCAACGAGUUCACCACCACCACCUUCUCCUUUAUUUCAUUCACCACCACCUCCAGUCAAAUCACCACCACCACCACCUCCGGUUAACUCACCACCACCUCCACCACCUCCAGUUAACUCACCACCACCACCACCUUUGGUCCGUUCACCACCACCACCACCACCAUCAAUUAAAUCACCUCCACCGUCACCUUCAGUUCGUUCACCACCUCCUCCUGUAAACUCCCCACCACCAUCACCACCACCUUCAGUCCGUUCACCACCACCACCGGUUAACUCCCCACCACCACCACCUCCAGUCCGUUCACCACCACCACCUCUUAAGUCCCCACCACCACCACCUCUAAUACGUUCACCACCACCUCCGGUUAAGUCCCCACCACCACCACCACCACCAACAGUCAAAUCAUCUCCACCACCACCACCACCUCUAGUUCGUUCACCACCACCCCCAGUCCGUUCACCACCACCACCAGUCAAAUCAUCUCCUCCACCACCACCUCCAGUCCGUUCACCACCACCACCACCACCAGUCAAAUCAUCUCCUCCACCACCACCUCCAGUCCGUUCACCACCACCUCCUGUUAACUCCCCACCACCACCUUCAAUCCAUUCACCACCUCCUCCAGUGAACUCCCCACCACCACCACCAGCAGUAGUCAAAUCACCUCCACCACCAACACCUUCAGUCCAUUCACCACCUUCUCCUGUCAACUCCCCACCACCACCAUCACCUCAACUUCAUUCACCACCACCUCCAGUAAAAUCAUCUCCACCACCUCCAACUAGAUCACCUCCAUCAACUCCCAUCUUCUCUCCCCCUCCACCAGUUCAUUCACCACCCCCACCAUCACCAUUACCCUCAACUGGAGUACUUCCAGUAAUUCCAGUUCAUUCACCACCACCACCUCCAGUUCAUUCACCACCACCACCAGUCUACUCUCCUCCUCCUGCACCCGUGAGUUCACCUCCACCACCAUCAAGGACAGGAUCAUAUCCUCCUCCAACUCCAAAACAAGACUUUGACGUUCUCCCUCCAACACUUGGACUUAGUUAUGCAUCACCACCACCACCCAUGUUUCCAGGUUACUAA